AGGAAGAGGAAAUUUCAGAGGAUUCAAAACAUCUGGGGAAACAGAGCGUCCCUUGAGCACCAUCCAGGCGGUCCAGGCGUCGGACCACAGCUGCUCACUCCCCUGCUCAGAAAACCCACUUCUGAGACACCAGCACCUGCUUCUCUCAACUCCUGAGAUGCUCAAAGAAGAGCACCAGGUGGGGGUGCUGGGAGCUCCCAAUUACCUGGCCCCCGUGCCCCCCACCGUGAUCAACAUCCGCAGUGAGACCUCCGUGCCCGACCACAUCGUCUGGUCCCUGUUCAACAGCCUCUUCCUGAACGUGUGCUGCCUGGGCUUCGUGGCAUUCGCCUACUCCGUGAAGUCCAGGGACCGGAAGAUGGUGGGCGACGUCCUUGGGGCCCAGAGCUAUGCCUCCACCGCCAAGUGCCUGAACGUCUGCGCCCUGGUGCUGGGCAUCCUUCUGACCAUUGGAGUCAUCGUUCUCCUCGGGGUUGGACAUGUGGCAGUCUACCAAAUGGUUUCAGAGUUUAUGAAGAAGAAUAGAGGCUACUAACAGCUACCCAUGGAAGGCAGCCCAGGUCUUCCACCAUCCACUGCUGUCCCUGCCCCUGAGGCUGGGAGCCUGCUCUCAACCCACCCUUUACACAGCAGUUUAUAAACACACCUGAUGACAACUGAAUUCAAUAAAGUGCACUUGUAUGUGA